ACGAGGUCUCUGUCCCCCUAAUACGUUUCUCAGGUAUUGAUUUCCUCGUUCACAUCUGUUCCUUUGUUCCACGCCCUCUGACUCCGACAGCUAUCUCCGCCGUAAAUAACCACCGUCGCCGCUGCGUUCCAACGCGUUAUCGUCGCUAAUCUGUGACAAAGUAUAAUUUUUUACAGCUCAAACACCGUUGACUUGCUAAUUCCCCUUUGCUUGCUGAAGAAAGAGGAAAUAGGAAACUGCAUUUUAGGUGUUUUUUCCACGCCUAUCAAAACCUUAAUUCGAUCAGUUCCUUCAGGGAUUCCGUACUAAGGUCUUUAUUCUUAGACAAGCUGGAGCAGAAUAGUCGUUUUUGAGAUCGCGAUUCAUUAUAAUCUUGUUUCUGAGAGGAAAUAUAUUGGGCUAAUACUUGGGUGGAGGGAAUCGGAGGGAUGCAAAUUUUUAGAGACAUCAAUAGAUGUCUGUUAUAUUACGGCGCAUUCGAUGGAUGAUAGCUGGUCUAAAUAAAGGAACACCAGGAACCCCUAAGAGGUUGCACAGUGCUGAUGUGCAGCCUGUGCCUCUUUUACCACUGUCACAGCAGCAACAAUUGCAACUGCUCAAGUCCUAUUACGAGUCAAAGUCUGAGCACAGAAAGCCUAAACAACCAAUGUUGGAGGCUGUGCAUGAGAUUUCCAUCUACAUUCACCGGUUUCACAAUCUUGAUUUGUUCCAGCAAGGAUGGUACCAGAUUAAAAUUACAAUGAGAUGGGAAGAUGGUGAUUAUGGGUUAUUAGGAACUCCAUCUAGAGUCAUCCAGUAUGAAGCUCCUGAUUUGGGUUCCGAAGAUGUAUAUGGAGUAUGGAGAAUUGAUGAUACAGAUCAUAGUUUCUCCACACAGCCUUUCCGUAUCAAGUAUGCAAGGCAGGAUAUUCUUCUCUCCAUGAUGGUCUCAUUCAACUUAUCUCUGAGCAAAUAUGAGGGUCCACCGACAUCUGCUGUUAUUCUGAAAUUUGAGCUUUUCUAUGCUCCUAUAUUGGAGAACGGGAUUAGUCUGCAGGCUUCCUUGGAUGCUUGUCCUGCUGCAGUCCAUGAAUUUCGUCUUCCAUCCAAAGCUCUUCUAGGGUUGCACUCUUAUUGUCCUGUACAUUUUGAUGCUUUUCAUGCAGUACUAGUCGAUGUGAGCGUCCACAUCAGCCUUUUGAAAGGUGGUGUUUACACCUCCUCACAGAAGGUACCAAGCGACUCUCGUGUGGAUGAAGAUAACAAUAGUGAAGAUUAUGAUCAGGCUAAACAAGAAAUGCUUGUUAAAGCCUUUUCAGGUGCACGUGAUAUACUUUUCGAGGAGCUACAAAAAAUUAGCAAGGCUAUUAAUCAAUCUAUUGAUUUUACUGAUUUUACUUCCAAGUUCGAUGAUGAACAAGGAUCCAAAUUUCCUCCAAGUGCAGACACAGACUUGAUGAAUGAUAAGGCUUCAGCAGAAGUGCCAAGCAAGAUACCAAAUGGCUUCAAGAAACUAAACGAUGGGGUUUUCCAGUCUCAAUCUAAGGAUGACUUACGCCAGUUGUAUCAUUCCCUUGGCAACCAAGUACUUUACUUAUGGAGUUUGUUUAUGAGGUUCCACAGGACUCAUAAGGCGUUGAUUAUGGACUUUCUGCGUGAGCAAUGGGCUAUUGAUAGAAGAGCUGAAUGGUCAAUAUGGAUGGUUCAUUCUAAAGUUGAGAUGCCUCACCAAUACAUAAGUAGUGACAUUGAUAGCUCUUCUUACCAUGGUUCCAGCGGGAGAGCACCUGUUAUGCGGAAGACAACUGAGGACCCUGCCCAGACUGCAGCUAUGCGAGCCGAGCUUCAUAGAAGAAGUAUUGCACAAAUGAGGAUCAACAGUCGAUCUAUUCAAGACAUGCAUAUAUUUGGAGACCCUUCGCGCAUCCCAAUUGUAAUUGUAGAGCGUGUUGUUAAUGCACCUUUGCGGUCAACAAGUGGAAAUUCAUACUUCAUCCACCGGGAGCCAAAAGAUGCAAAGAGCUUGCUAGCUGGGACAAAUUCUAAAGGCACAAAAAAGAUUCCUGGCAUAAGCCCUUGUCAAAAUGGCCGUGUUUUGAAGAUUGUGGUUUUUGUCCAUGGAUUCCAGGGACAUCAUUUAGACUUGCGGCUUGUUCGGAACCAGUGGCUUUUAAUAGAUCCCAAGAUAGAGUUUCUUAUGUCAGAAGUUAAUGAAGAAAAAACGGCUGGAGACUUUAGAGAAAUGGGCUUACGGCUGGCACAAGAAGUAACUUCUUUCAUAAAAAAGAAGAUGGACAAAGCCUCAAGAUCUGGAAAUUUAAAGAGUAUUAAGCUAAGUUUUGUUGGACAUUCCAUUGGGAACAUCAUAUUAAGAACUGCUUUAACAGAGAGUAUCAUGGAACCAUAUCUCAGAUUCCUUCACACAUAUGUUUCUGUAUCUGGUCCACAUCUAGGUUACCUGUACAGUUCAAAUUCUUUGUUCAAUUCUGGGUUGUGGCUCUUGAAGAAGCUCAAGGGAACACCAUGUAUACAUCAGCUGACAUUCACAGAUGAUCCUGAUCUCCGGAACACUUUCUUGUACAAACUUUGCAAGCAAAAGACCUUGGAGAAUUUCAGGAAUAUUGUUUUGUUAUCUUCACCUCAGGAUGGUUAUGUUCCAUAUCAUUCUGCAAGAAUUGAAAUGUGCCAAGCAUCUUCAGGAGACAACUCUAAAAAGGGAAAGGUAUUCCUGGAGAUGCUGAAUGAUUGCUUGGACCAGAUACGUGCUCCGUCAUCCGAGCAUCGAGUGUUCAUGAGGUGUGACGUCAACUUUGACACAACAUUGCAAGGAAGGAACUUGAAUACUAUAAUUGGAAGGGCUGCUCAUAUAGAGUUCUUGGAGUCGGACACUUUUGCUAAGUUCAUAAUGUGGUCAUUUCCGGAGUUGUUUACAUGACUUUUUGCACGAGGUCACUUGUUUCAUCACAACUGGACUCCAUAUCGUGGAGCCUGCCUACAGUGCUGAGCGAACCUCCAUUUUUGUGCUGCCCCGGCGCACUCUGUGACUAUGUAACUCCACGAAUAUUGCUGCUGUGAUAAGUCAUUUGCUGCAAGCUGAUUUUGGUGAAGUUGCUCAGCCUAGAUGUGUUAUACUAACUCUAUGGUCCAGUUGCAAUGACUGGAGUACCAUACACUUGAUAGCAAAUGCCGGAGAGGGUUACAACUAAUAUGCGUUUGGGUGGAGAUGGUUACAACUAAUAUGCGUUUGGUGGAGAUGGUAACGUUGUCGGACUAUGAACUCCUAGUCUGAAUAUGUUGUGCAAUAGUAGAAAUCAGGUUUAACGAAGACCAACAUUAGUCAAGUUAGACAAGUUAUUUGUAGUGUUAUCGAUGUUUCAGUAGAAAUUAUAUUCUUAUCGGGCACUCAUGUAAUAGAGAAGUGGAGUUACAGUGUACACAUGGUGAUAGCUGAUUGAUAUUUAUGGCUUAUUCUGGGGGUCUUUUCUUUUGUUUUCAA